GAGCGAAGGAUGGCAAAAUAAAAAUGCAUUUUGCGAAUCGUGUGAAUGCAUCAGUAAGAUGGCAUUGGCCUGACUUCUACGAAUUGAAAAUCUUAAAAACAUCAAAUUUUGAUUGUAGUUAACAAUUAAUAAAAAAUGGAUAAACAUAGCCAAGACAAAUGGAAAGCAUUGGCGACAGUGAAAUCCUUCGAUUUAGGCAUAUCGGCUAGUCACCAUGAGUCAUUCGUACAGCAGAGUAGACAACAGAUUGAUGUCAUCAAUGCCCCAACCACAACCCCAAUCAGCCUCCUAGUUCAAUCACUCGUUAAACAAUUGUGUUCAUUGUUACAAAAAGACAGUAUUAUAGCCAAUCAGCUUUACAACAAAAUAUGUGAGAAACUUCAUAGUAUGAACUUGAUUGACAAUUCGUAUGCUAUGGGAGAGUUUGAAGCUAUGAGAAGUCAAUAUCAGAGAGCCUUGUAUCAGCUUGUGACGGUCGCCAGCGGAACAGAGAUACCGAUAAUACUGCCAGCAACUUGGCCUAUAGUUCAGCCGUCUGGACUUGAAUGGUCAAGAUACCAUAGAGAAUUUGAGGAGCUCUACUUCAUAGCUGGUGGAGGCUUCGGGAGCGUUUUCAAAGCGCGACACAGACUAGAUGGCGUAGAGUAUGCCGUCAAAAAAGUUUACAUUAAAUCUUCAGACGUCGACUCUAUCAUGAGUCAUUUGUCGGAAGUCAAAACAAUAGCCAGUCUCAAUCACCCGAACAUAGUAAACUAUAAGGCAGCGUGGCUCGAACCCAUGAUAGAGUCUACAGUUAAAAAGAAAGGCAAAUAUCAAAUGGACACCGACAGUGACGAGUUUUCAUUAAGCUCUGACCUCAUAUCAUCAGCACAUCCCAACGUAAUAAAUUCAUUCAAGACUCACAACUCCAAGGAGUUGACCAAAAACAAGAGCCUGUCCGACUUCAUUAUUUCCUUCAAGAACUCCAACAGCUUCGAGAACUUGAACAGUUCGAACGAAGAACUGCAGGUUUCUGACAGCGAUGACGAGUCCGUUUCGCAGGAGGAGAAUGCCGUUUGCAAUCUCUUUUCCAGUAAGGAGUACGAAAAUUGCUCUCGUAUAAACCUUAAAUGGGCCACCUUGUUCAUCCAGAUGACGUUCUGCCAGCAAACCUUGAAGCAGUGGCUUGACGAGCGCAACAACCAUAUGUCAGUGUCGCGAAAAGGUUCCGACGAUUUCACUCUGCCGUUACAUGUGUGUGAAUCUCCAAUUGAGGCUAAAGAUAUCACGUUCCCAGCGAGUAUUAAUCACAUUGACCUGCUGAUAGACAUGUUCACGCAGCUGGUGCGUGGUCUCCAUUAUAUACAUUCCCGUGGUAUUAUCCACCACGACAUAAAGCCGAGUAAUGUAUUCGUCGCGCCACAUGAAGGUGGCUUGUUGGUGCAGUUGGGUGAUUUCGGUUUGGCUUGCCCGUUACAGCAGUCCCAUAGUGGAUUGGCACUCGGUACACAUAUGUAUGCUGCACCGGAGCAACUGGAUGGGCAGUGCAAUCCAAAGAGCGACAUGUACAGUCUGGGUAUAAUAUUACUUGAGUUGGUAGAACCAUUCGUGACUGAUAUGGAACGAGUGAAAACUAUCACCGACCUCCGCAAAGGUCAGAUUCCAGCUCACCUCACUGCCAACUACCCAAAAAUUGCUCAUAUCAUCGGCAAACUGGUGCAAAGGAAGCCCAGCAAGAGACUGGACACGGCCCAGCUGCUGGAGGAACUCAAGACCCUGGCCGAGAAUAAAGAUGACACGAUCAGAUCGUUGCGAGAGGAGCUCGCUGCGAAAGAUGACGAAAUAGCUAAACUCAAGAUGAUGCUGGCGAACUUGAAUUUUAAAUCUUCAGUGUGACUGAGUGUGUGUGUGACUACUUAAUAAAUUCUAGUAUUAACUUUU